UCUUCUUCUAUUUCUCUUUUUUGAAUUCAUUCCUCUGGUGCGAGCGACGUCUCCACUCCAGCCCUUGUUUGGCGACGGCGGUCGUCUGUGCUGCUCUCAUUCUGACAUAGUCACAUAUCCUUUCCCUCACAUCACAAUCGUACACUUCAUUCGUUCAACUUCCAUUUACCAUUCUCUCAUCUUCGUAUUAUCUGACUUUUCAUUUUUCAUCAUGAAAUUCCUCAAAACCGUAAAACCCAAAUCCAUUUACCGCCAACCCAAAACACUCUCAACUACUUCCCCACUCCCACCACCAAUCACCGAAACAACUCUCCUCAAUUCCAUCAAAUCUUCUCAUUGGCAUUUCAUCAAACACCUUGCACCACAACUCACUCCAUCCCUUAUCUCAUCAACUCUCACUAACCUUCAUCAAAACCCACCACUUGUUCAAACUCUCCUCUCACACCUUCACAACCACCCUCAUUGUCUCGACCUCAAUGCCCGUUGCAUUGCCCUUUGCAUCCUCUAUCGUCUCCCAUCCCCCGAACCAUCUUUCCACAUCCUUCACCCCAUCAUCGAUACCACCACCCCCACCAUCAUUUUCAAUCAAUUAUCACUCGUCCUUAACCAGCUCAAUACAAAAACCACUAUUGUAUUUGACCUUCUCCUCACUGCUUAUUGCCAACUCAAGAAACCCAAUCAAGCUCUUGAAUGUUUCAACUUGAUGAAAGAAAAUGGGAUUCUCCCCACAAUCGAGACUUGCAAUCGGGUUUUGAGUAUGUUUUUGAAACUUAAUAGAACACAAAUGGCUUGGAGUUUUUAUGAAGAUAUGUUUAGGAUGAAUGUCAAAUCUAGUUUAUUCACUUUUAACAUUAUGAUCAAUGUUUUGUGUAAAGAAGGCAAGUUGAAAAAGGCUAAGGAAUUUAUUGGUCACAUGGAAGUUUUUGCUGUGAAGCCUAAUGUUGUUACUUAUAAUACCCUUAUACAUGGAUACUGUUUAAGAGGUAAGUUUCGAGCGGCUCGUUUGAUUUUUCAAACGAUGCAAGAUAAAGGUCUUAAACCGGAUUGUUACACCUAUAAUUCUUUUAUUUCUGGGUUGUGUAAAGAAAGAAGGAUCGAGGAGGCAUCUGAUAUACUUUGUAAAUUGUUGGAAUCUGGAUUGGUUCCUAACGCUGUAACAUAUAAUGCGUUGAUUGAUGGGUGUUGCAAUAAAGGGGAAUUGGAUAAGGCUUUUGCUUACAAGGAUGAGAUGACGAGUAGAGGCAUAGUGGCUUCUCUUGUCACCUAUAAUUUGUUUAUACAUGCAUUGUUUUUGGAUAAAAGGAUGGAAGAAGCUGAUGAUAUGUUAAAAGAAAUGAGAGAAAAAGGGAUAGAGCCUGAUGUUGUUACAUAUAACAUACUUAUUAAUGGCUAUUGCAGAUGUGGGGAUGCGAAGAAAGCCUUCACCCUUUAUGAUGAAAUGGUGGAAAAAGGGAUUAGACCAACACUGGUAACGUAUACUUCGCUUAUUGUUGUUCUCGGGAAAAGGAGUAGGAUGAGUGAGGCAGAUGAGAUGUUUAAGAAGACUCAAAAAGAAGGUCUGCUUCCGGAUAUCAUAAUGUUCAAUGCAUUGAUCGAUGGUCACUGUGCAAAUGGUAAUAUUGAUCGUGCAUUUCAACUCUUGAAUGAGAUGGAUAAUGCAAAGGUUCUUCCCGACGAAGUCACUUACAAUACUUUGAUGCAAGGGUAUUGUAGGGAAGGGAAAGUGGAAGAAGCUCGAACACUUCUUGAUGAAAUGAAAAGAAGGGGGAUCAAGCCUGAUCAUAUUAGUUACAAUACACUCAUUAGUGGUUACGGUAAAAGAGGUGAUAUUAAGGAUGCUUUGAAAGUAUAUGAUGAAAUGUUGUCUAUAGGAUUUGAUCCUACCAUUCUUACUUACAAUGCUCUUAUUCAAGGAUAUUGCAAAAUUGGUGAAGUUGAGCGUGCUGAAGAGCUCUUCUUUGAAAUGAAAAGCAAAGGCAUUACUCCUGAUGACAACACCUACCUAUAUAUAAUUGAGGCAAGGAAAACAGAUGAUGAUGACGUAGUGGGAAAUGAUGAUAAAUGAAUAUUUAUUUAUCUUCAUUUACUUGGAUAUUGAAUGGACAAGGGGUUGUGCUAGAAGAAAGUAAUUUAUUCUGGGACUUGUGUUAGGACACAAUGUCUUGGCAGUCCUGAUUUUACAAGCUUCAUCAUUGAGCAAACCAACAAAGGCGUGCCUGAUUAUGAAGAUCAAGCGAAUGAAGUUUGUUGUACAACAUCACUCUUUGGAAGAUAUGGAAAGGAAGAAAUCAGCUUGUGUUUAACAAAACACAUUUCAACCCGAUUGCCAUUCUAGCUUUCAGUAGCGUGAAAGGAUGCAUGAAGGUGAGGGAGGCAGCAGCGUGAAAAAUCGGGAACCCCUACCCCUGGAACUACAAAAGUCAAUAUUGGUGCUGGUUGUUUUGAGAAUAGCAUACUCGGCUGUUCUUUGUUGGUCCGUAACCAUGUAGGGGCUGUGAGUUUUACCAUCACCAAAUUGGAUACGAUUAGAAUUCCUCCAACUGCAGCCGAACCCAUGACCCUUAGAUGGUUCAAGGCUAUGAAAACUAGUCCAUUGAAAUUGACUUAGAAGUGGUAGUAAAAUGCCUUCAGGGAGUUUAAAACUCAAUUAUCAAAUAUCAAUAUUGACCAUAUAAUUCUUCACAGUAAGGAUCUUUUGGCACAUAUGGUUUGGAUCCAAGAUUGUCAAGUUUUAUAAGAGUUACGAGGAGAAAGGAGUCUUGGUAAUCUAGAGCUCGACAUGGAGAUAAAUAAGUCAGACUAGGAAUUGUUGCAGCUAUGGUUCGAUAACAGGUACUUCUAGCUGAUUCAAUUUUUAGUAAAGCUCAUUAACCACUUAGUUAUAAACAUGUUUGACAACAUGUACAACAUUUUUUUCUUCACUUUGACUCCACUUACAUUUGAGAAUCUUCCCUACUGUGAUACAAACCGAUGCUAAAACAAAGGUCAAACUAAUGGGGUGAACAAAAUUCAUUGAAUAACGAUGAAAAAAAAUUAGUUCAACAUUGAUUUUUGAGAAAUAAUAUUUCCUUUUUGUAAAAACACAAUAGUUUAACAGUAAAAGUAAAACAUUAAAAACAAAAAAUAAACUAAUAUAAUCACACGUGAAUUUGUUUAUAAUUUUAAUUAUAAUUUGUUCUAAAAAAUGCUGCCAAAUUCACCACUUCUGGGGAUGGCACUGACACUUUUGUCUCUAUAUGAUAAAUGGACACAAAUCUUCUCUAAAGAAGUUGCAACAUAAAAGCUAACUUUUCAAAGGAUUUUCUAGUAGUAUAUCCUUAUAACUGGAAGUGGAAGUAACGGCUCAUGCUUGAUUUCCUUUUCUGUUUUAUUAUGAAACCGUGUUCUAACUCCCAACUCCUUAUUUGGUCAAAAAAAAAAAUCCCAACUCCUUAUACUUUAUAUACUUUUUCUUGGUCAAAAACCUAAAGACUAAAGUUAAAAUUUGCAUUAUUUUGAAUUUAAAGGAGGGUACCAGAAUGGUUGGCCAUCACUCGCCAAAUGUUAUCUCAAACGCACAAUUCAUCUUCUUUUUUCCUCUUUUUCUUUUACUUGAAAACAAUAUUGGAAAAAUGACCAUCAAUUAUUGUCAUAUUUGAUAGCAAUCUUGUUUUAUUUUUGGUCAGAUCUUCAUGCAUGUUAAGUGAGCAGAGAGUAAAACAACAAUGAUUUAUGAUAUAAAUUGCACGCUCGAAGUGAAAAAGUCACUUUACAAGGUAAAGUGUGUAAUAUGAAUGUGAAUCAACAAAUCAAUGAUUGCUAUUAUAUUUUACAUGCAUAAAAAAUUCUGAAUAUGAUGAAAUAUCAACCGUUUAAUUUUCCCACUAUACAUUUUACUCAUUUUAAAGGAGAUGAUACGAAAAUAAUGUACGCAAAAUCUUUUCACUUUCUCUAUCACUUCUUCUUACAUGAAUUCCAUGUAAUGGAGAAUCAACUUAUUUUAAUGAGUGGGAACACCAUGCUUGCCACAUAAAUUUAUUGGAGAAAUUUCACUCCACACAAUCCAAGGGACAACCACUAUUGUCAUAGUUAUUUUCAGCUUCACCAAGAAAGUAAGGUUGUAAUAUAUUGAUUACUGUUACAUCUAGUGCUUUUUAAAGAGGACUUAUCUCUUAUCCUCCCAUGCGGAUUUCCAAUUAAAGCACAGUUCUGAGGAAAACAAUAGGUCUAAUUAAUCUAUUGAACUUUACUUGGAAAUAAUACUUUGAAUGAGAUGACUCGGGUCUCUUUCCAGUCAACUAGAGGUCCUGAAUUCAAUCUCAGUGUGGUUGGUUGAUGUUAUUCAAUCUCAUCCAACUUAACUGACGUAGGUUUGACUCUUGGCAUUGUAUUUUUCCUUACAAAGAAGUUAUGAAUUCGAAUUCUGCCUUGAGAAUGCAACAACGUUAAAACUAUUGAGAAUCUUUUUUGCCACAUGUUGUAGUUUUACCCAACAUGAGAAAUUAGUCUAUAUAAUUACACGUGGACGAUUACCAGUUAACAACAAAAAAAAACUUUACUUGGGCGGUUACUUUAAUUACUAAUAAGUGGUGUGCCCAUUUUCAUCUUCUAUCAUGAUUUGUUGCUCAAUAUUUAGGUUCUUUUUUUCUGUUUGUGGAAACACAUGCACCAUGCACUACUUAGUAAAAGGUGUGGACUAAUCACAUCAUAAUUAUAAAGCACCUUUUAUCCACACAAAAAAUAAAAGAUAAAAUUGAUGUAUAUAAAUAAAGCACCUUGUUCCGUGCAAGCAUAAUGUUCCUAAUGCCUUCACAUAUUUAAAUUAACAAAUCAAGUUAAAUAAUUGUUCUAUUCUGAAAAAAAUAGAAAUUGUUAUGGGCUUGUUUUUAACACACAUAGUGCAAGGGUUAGCCCUCACAUUUCUUGGCCUAUGGCACAUAAUCAACACAAUCAAAUCUUACGUUGUGAAAGGUCCUUCCAAUUUCACUGUAAGAUUUUGGUACCAAAUUAGCACGUCUCAAUUUAUUUUCAAACACUUGGAACUUAUUUCAAUUUUAUCCUUUUCAAUCAUAGCAAUUCUAAUACAAAUUCUAGAUAUCCCUUAUUUUCACUAUGCUUUUAAGCUUGAUAACUUUGAACAUGCAACUAUGUUCAUACACCUUGCUUUGUUUGCUGGGUUUUCCCUCUCAACCGAGUUAACCGAUUCGCUCGAACUCUUCUCUGGAUUUGUUGGGAUACUUGUAUCCUCAGUUUUCAGUCAAGAGCUUUUCUUGCUCCAUUUUCAUUCCACUGAUCAUGUUGGACUUGAAGGCCAUUACCACUGGCUAUUGCAGCUCAUAGUUAUUGUUUCACUUGUUGCAGCUUUGGCUGCAACCGUUUUUCCCAACAGUUUCAAUGCGGCUAUUGUGCUUUCGGUUUCGGUUAUUUUUCAAGGCUGUUGGUUUAUAAACAUGGGGUUUAUGCUGUGGAUUCCUGCAUUUGUUCCUGAAGGAUGUGUGAUGAAUUUGGGAGGUCAUGAGAGUGGUGGUGAAAUUCAUGGAGCAGUUAGUUGUGGUUCUAAAGAGGCGGAUUUCCGGGCUAGAGGAUUAGCCAAUUUGCAAUUCAGUUGGAUCCUUUCUGCAAUUAUGAUAUUUGCAGGGAUUGUAUGCAUGAAAUUGGCUAAAAAACUUACCAUUGUAGACAGGUUGGAAUAUGAGAGAAUUCAAAGUAAAGUUGUAGACUCCUCUGUGGUCAACGAAGGUUUCAAGCCGACCAAGUAAUCUACUAUAGUUUGUUAAACUAGUCAGGUGUGUAAAGUGUGUGGAUGUUUUAAAUCCCAAGGUACCGAGUUCGAUUCCUACUUAUAAAAAAAAUGGCUAGUGGUUGCACUUUUUAAGUCUUGAAGGUAUGCAACUCGAUAAGAUGUAAUGUAUUUUAUGUUCGCCAAGGUUUAGAUAGAUUUGGUGUUCAAUAAUCUUGAGUUUUAUAACUUGUAAGGAAAUCUUCAACUAAACUAUUAGCUAUACAAUGUUGGUAUAGUUUAGAAAUAUUUGGUGUCUAUUAAGGUACUGUGUGUUUGGUGUCUAUUACGGUACUGUGUCUACUGUGGUAGACUCAUUCAGAAAAUGUAAGAAUCAAGUUAUCUAUGAAUCUUAAUUGCGCAUAA